GUCAGUGUCAGGCCCCUCUGUCAGCUGCUCCAUCAGGGAUGUUCUGCUGCCGUCCGCUCACCUGGACCCGGAACCCGAACUUUAAGCCGACCCGUUGACUUUGACAUGUCCAACAUGGCUGCUCCUCUGUCCCACAUGGCCGCUCCUCCGUCCGUCCUUAAAGAGUUCUGUCCUCUCUACUACUUACUGAACGCCAUCCCUGCCAAGGUGCAGAGGGGGUUCCGCUCGGUACUGGUCUACCUGACUUCUCUGGACAUCAGUUCGGACUUCGUGGCGGUGGGCAGCAGCAUCGGCAUGUUGUACCUGUACUGCCGCCGCCUGGCACACAUGAACAAGUACAGCCUGGAGGGGAAGUGCGACGCCAUCACGGCCGUCAAGCUGCUCAGCUGUUUUGAUGAUCUGGUUGCCAUGGGAACAGCUUCAGGCCGAGUGGCGGUCUUCCAGCUGGUUUCUCCACUUCCUGGACGCAACAAACAGCUGAGGCGGUUCGAUGUGCUCGGCCUUCACAAAGGCAUGGUCACAUCUCUGGCCUGGAGCACCAACGGGAUGAAACUGUUCUCUGGAGAUGACAAGGGACGAGUGGUCUUCUCUGCUCUGGACCUGGACCAGGGGGUGUGUAAGCCGCUGCUGCUGUUGGAGGAGUCCUCCGGUGUGGUUCAGGUCCAGUACAGUCACCAGGUUCUGCUGGUGUCCACCCAGCAGAGAACACUGCUGUACUGCACACAGAACCAGGAGGUUCUACAGCUGGGAACCAGACCCAGGAAGAGCAGUGGGCGGUUCGGGGCCUGUUUCCUGCCGGCGCUCUGUAAACAGAGUGACCUGCAAGUGUUCGCCGCUCGACCUGGACUCAGACUGUGGAGAGCAGACGUCAGAGGAAGAGUGGAGGACACGCACCUGCUGAAACCACUGUUCAGCACACAGGUCCCUCAGUUCCAGCUCUUUCCUCGUCCUGGUCCUGUUGGAGGUUACCGUCCAGAGGACAGACAGCUGGGUCUGCUCAGCUGUUUCUUCAGAGACGGUUGGAUUCUCAGCUGGAACGAGUACAGCCUGUACGUCCUGGACUGUGUCAGUCAGGUGAUCGUCGGAGCGUUGGAGAGCAGUGGAGACAUUGUGUCGGUUUCCUGUUGUGACAACGAGAUCUUCAUCCUGAAAGGAGACAGAGACAUCAUCCGCCUGUCCACCAGCCCUGAAGGACUGUCCACGAACUUAUCAGACCUGUCCGUCCGUCUGUCCUCACCUCUGACCACGCCCACCAUCCUCCCUCCUACCGGCUCAGUGGAGACAGCUCAGCCAAUCAGAACCAUGGCCAUCAUCGUAGAGGGAGGGGGGAGGGAGGGGGGAGAAGAGGCAGAGGAUCAUGGGAAGGAGGGAAAAGAAGAGGAAGAAGAUGAAGGACGACUGGAAGAAGUGGAGGAGGCAGAGGAGCAGGAGGAGCUGGUCCAUCCUGCUGCCGUUUUCACUCUCAGCUGUCGUAGCCGCAGCAGCUCCGUGACCUCCUGGGACAGUCUCCAUGGAAACGCCCCGCUGACCUCCUCCUCCUCCUGUGAGGUGGGCUCCAGGCGCUACAGCGCCCCCCUGGGUCAGGAGGAGAUGCAGCAGGAGCUGGUGGUCCAAGCCAUCCGUGUGAAGAAGAAGAAGAAGAGGAGACGCCAAGACAGUGGACAGUGUCUCUGUGGGACCAGUGGACAGUGUCUCUGUGGGACCAGCUGUCCAGAGUCCCCGUUGGCGUUGGACGGCAGCUGUAGUGACGGUGGAAGUGGAACUCCACUGAGCGACCAGACCUCCUUGGUGGGUCUGGACCUUCAGAACCAGAACCAGGACCAGGAGCCCACAACCCCUGACCCAGGACUACAGAACCACCAUGAGAGGACAUCCUCUGCUCAGUCUGGCAGCCCCUUCCCCCCAGACUCCCUGCUGAUCCCAGGUCCAGGGGUCCCGUCAGACCUGGGUCAGAGGUCCGAUCUGGAGGCGGACACGGCUCCUCCCACCCCUGACGUGGAUGGGCUGCUUGGAUGCACCUUCUCCUACAUGUGCAACGCGGAGGAGGACCAAGGGGCGGAGCCAGAGCCGCAUCCAAUGGAGGAGCAGGAGGACGAGUUCCUGAGCCCUCUGAUCGGACUGGACGAUGAAGACGAGGAGGACGAAGACGAAGAGGGCGGAGACGUGGUCCCACCCACCGGUCCGUCUGAGCAGAUGUUCUACUCCACCGUGUCCAUGUUGGACAGACAGCCCAGUAUGUCCAGCGAUGAGGACGGGGACAUUUACCACCACAGUCUGCCCCUCGCUGGCCACGGGGGAGAUGUCCGCAAUGCUCCAGCCAAUCAGGAGAAGGCAGCAGACGGACGCACAGAUGAGGACGUUCAGGAAAGAGACAGACAGCGAGCUGACCAGUUUGCAGAAAGCUGGAUGGGAUACUCCGGACCAGGAUGUGGAAUCCUGAGCCUGCAAGUGACUGACAGGUUCGUUUGGUGUCUGGACUUCAAAGGUGGGCUCUUCUGCAGCCCCUUACCUGAAACCGGACUCAACUGGCAGCGCUUUGAAGACAACGUCCACCAGAUGGCGCUGUCCCCAUCAGGAAACCUGCUGUGGAAGGUGGAGCAGAAGAGUCUGACGGCCUUCGCUUGUGCUAAAGUCACAGUAAGAGGGAAGAGACACUGGUACAAAGCAGUGGAGCAGAGCGCCUUUGUGGCCCUGAGCGACGACUGCGCCUGGAUCAUCAGGACCAACGGAGACCUGUACCUGCAGACUGGUCUGAGCGUGGACCGUCCGUGUGCGCGCUCCGUCAAGGUGGACACGCCCUGUGUGUUCAGUCAGGUGUGUGUGGGAGGAGGGGGCGUGGUCUGGGCUCUGAGCGAACACAAGGCCCUGUUCUACAGAGAAGGAGUGAGCAGCUACUGCAGCCAAGGAGACGGGUGGAAGUACGACACCGUCAGUGAGGCCCAGGGGUUGGAGCUGAUGUGCGUUGCCCUUGGUUACGGCGGUACAGCCUGGGCUCUGGACGCCAGCGGCAGCCUGUGGUUUCGAACUGGGAUCUGUGGAUCCAGACCCCAGGGGGACGACGACCACUGGUGGCAGAUCAGUAUUUCGGACUACGUGGUCUUUGACCAGGGCAGCCUCUUCCAGACAUUGCUCCAGGCAACCCAGAGCGUUGCCACGGUGACACGGGCUCCGGUGGAGCGUGUGGUGGCCUUCCUGUCCCAGUACUCCCAGUGUCAGCCUAGUCUGGUCAGCGCUAAUGGCAGCGGCGUCUGGGUGGCGUCGGGUCGGAACCAGCUGCACCUGGCCAGAGGCAGUCUCGUGGGAACAUUCUGGCAGAACGUCGUUCCACGAGGAACCGUGUCGGCCACUAGGUGGACCUUCAUCACGUCCUCAUCGGUUCCUCAUAGGGAAGGUACGUUCCUGUGGUUGGCUCAGAGCAGGAAGGACCUGUUCUGCGUCUGGGACCAGGAUGGAGAGCUCCGCCCCACGUCCGUCACUCUGCCACCUGAGGUGGAGCUGUCUCACCUGUCUGCCUGUCGAGACGCUCUCUGGGGGUUGGACGCUCACGGCAGAGUCUGGAUCCGAACUCUGUCUCCUUCCUGUCCCACUGGACUCACCUGGACCCCCCUGGACCUGAGUCAGCUGGGUCCAGGUGUUCGCCUGGUCAGUGUGAGCUGUGGCAGUCAGAACGUCUGGGCCGUUGACAGUCGAGGCGUCGUUUACUUCAGAGUUGGAACGCAACCACUGAACCCCAGCAUGAUGCUGCCGGCCUGGAUCCACAUAGAACCACCUGCACAGCCAAUUGGGGUCCAGCUGGUGGGGAUCCAGACCAGUCCCAAUGACCGUCUCCUGUGGGCAUUGGACAACAGAGGCAGUGUCUUUGUGAGGAUUGGACUGAGCGAGGAGAUGCCGGUGGGGACGGACUGGGAGCUGGUUCCAGGUCUUGCCGUGGCCCAGUUGCUCCUUAGUUCUCGGACGGUCUGGGUUCGUUGUGUCAACGGGGACGUGGCUCGACGUUACGGAGUCUCUGAGAAAAACCCAGCAGGAGAUUAUUGGAAGAGGAUCCCAGGACACGCCCACUAUCUAACUGUUACUCCACAGGACCAGUUGUGGGCGGUGACCCCCGUUGGUGGUUUGUCUCGUCGGCUGACAAAGCUCCUUCCACAGACACCCUUUAGACCUGCCUCUUCAGCCACCUCCCUCAGUGGGGACGACGUGGAUGACGAAUGGGAGCUAAUCUGACCUGUGAUGUCAUGGUGAUGUCACCACAUACAGAGAGGCCUGUUUGGUGUCACAGUGACAUCAUUUACUGUAAAAAUUCAAAUCUUUAAUAUUGAUCAACCUAAACCAGGACGUUUAACUGAACCAGGAUGUUUAACUAAACCAGAACAUUAACCUAAACCAGGAUGUUUAACUAAACCAGGACGUUUAACUAAACCAGGACGUUAACCUAAACCAGGACAUUAAUCUAAACCAGGACGUUUAACUAAACCAGGAUGUUUAACUAAACCAGGACGUUUAACUAAACCAGGACGUUAACCUAAACGAGAACAUUAACCUAAACCAGGACGUUAACCUAAACCAGAACAUUAACCUAAACCAGGACGUUAAUCUAAACCAGGACGUUUAACUAAACCAGAAGGUUAACCUAAACAUGGAAGUUAACCUAAACCAGGACGUUGACCUAAACCAGGACGUUUAACUAAACCAGGACGUUAACCUAAACCAGGACAUUUAACCAAACCAGGACGUUAACCUAAACCAGGACAUUAACCUAAGCCAGACAGGAAACAGUCACUAUAGUAGUAAAAAAAAACACUUUAACCCUGAAGUUAGGGUUAAACAGGCCUAUGACAUCACUAAAUAGGCCCAUGACAUUGCUAAACAGACCUGUAACAUCACUAAACAGGCCUAUGACAUCACUAAACUGACCUAUGACAUCACUAAACAGGCCCAUGACAUCACUAAACAGACCUGUGACAUUGCUAAACAGGCCCGUAACAUCACUAAACAGACCUGUGACAUCACUAAACAGGCCUAUGACAUCACUAAACAGACCUGUGACAUCACUAAACAGACCUGUAACAUCACUAAACAGGCCUAUGACAUCACUAAACAGACCUGUGACAUCACUAAAGAGACCUGUAACAUCACUAAACAGGCCUAUGACAUCACUAAACUGACCUAUGACAUCACUAAACAGGCCCAUGACAUCACUAAACAGACCUGUGACAUCACUAAACAGACCCAUGACAUCACUAAACAGGCCCGUGACAUCACUAAACUGACCUAUGACAUCACUAAACAGGCCCAUGACAUCACUAAACAGACCUGUGACAUCACUAAACAGACCCGUGACAUCACUAAACAGGCCUGUGACGUCACUAAACAGACCUAUGACAUCAGUAAACAGGCCCGUGACAUCACUAAACAGACCUGUGACAUCACUAAACAGACCCAUGACAUCACUAAACAGGCCCGUGACAUCACUAAACAGACCUGUGACAUUACUAAACAGGCCCAUGACAUCACUAAACAGACCCGUGACAUCACUAAACAGGCCUAUGACAUCAUUAAACAGACCUAUGACAUCACUAAACAGGCCCGUGACAUCACUAAGCAGAUCUGUGACAUCACUCCCUUUUUACCCAUUUCUUGUCAUAUUAACAGAUGUAAAUCAAGAUGGCUGCCUAACAUGGAACCAGGAGGAGAAGAACGUUUACAGAAGCACUUUACAAACGGAAUGGACCGGGUCAGACUGGUUAAGACUGCUCCAGACUGGUCCAGAUUGGGUCAGACUAGUCCAGACUGGGUCAGACUGGUCCAGACUAGGUCAGACUGGUCCACACUAGGUCAGACUGGGUCAGACUGGUCCAGACUAGGUCAGGCUGGGUCAGACUUGUCCAGACUAGGUCAGACUGGUCCAAACUGGUCUCAGUGUAGGAACGUAAAGGGAACAGGUCACAUUUGAACCAGUUUGAUUUAAACUGGUUCAUCUUAUUUUAAUCUCAGAUGUGGGUCAGUCUGGAUCUGGUGUUAAAGGGACUUUUCACUUUUGUUGCCAUGGUAACGGGCAGGUAAACCCUGCCCACUGGAUGUGGUUACUGUACAAAUGUAAAUAAAAGAAACAUUUGUUGUUUAAAAAAACUGAUGAACUGGUCCUUUAAACAAUGACUCUGUUGCCAUGGAAACCAGUCCAGGAGGGCCUCCCAGUGUUCUGCUGUCGGUUGUUGGCAGUGUUUUAACGCAGACCAAUAAGAAUUUAGUGUCAACUCACCUGUUGUGUAAUUGGAUGAACUGAAUAAACCUCUGUAAUCGUUGAA